AUGGGUGGUGAAGAGGAAGAUGAAGAUGAAGAUACAUCAUUUGAAACUAAAUGCGAAUGGGGCCUCACGAAGUGUGGCAUUUUGAACUCGGAGUGGAAGAAUCAACGCCAAACCUUUGAAUGCGUCGACGCUAAUUCCAGUUUGGACAGUUGCGGAGGUUGUGUCGUCCCUUACGCAUCCCGGUCCCCCGGUCCAAUCGGAGUCGAUUGCACGUCCAUCGUCGGCGUUUCCGACGUAGAAUGCAUCAGAGGAGCGUGCAUCGUCCGGAGGUGCGCAAAAGGUUGGGAUAUCCAGCCCGUUGACGUUCGUGGUGGUGGUGGUGGUAACAACAACAAUAACAACCAUCUCAUCGGGAUGGAAUGCGUGCCCCACCAAACUAGGGAGGAGAUGACUCGAGAUGUACCUUCCAAGAUUUCUCCUCAGCUUUUUGACGAUCUUAAGCGUGCACCCGAUUUUUGA